CACGACACAAGCUUUCGCCGUACAAACAAGCAUACGAACAGCGUGCACGAGAUCGUGCUCGCCGUGAACAACAGCUAGAAGAGGAGGAAGAGCGAAACAUAAAGAACCCAGUUGAUCAAAGAGCAUUAGACCGAACUAUGAAAGUAGAGCAUAGUACAUUGGAUCGAGUGCAAAAACGACUGGGGGGUUCGGAGGAUUUGGAACAACAAAAGUUUGAGUAUGUGUAA